AUGCCAAACCAUCCAACCCUCAUCAAGCCUCCUCCCCCUAACGAUGACAAGAGUCCAAUCGAGGAUGUCCUGGAGCUCACACAUCUGGAAGACAUAGAUCCGAAUCUAUUUACCAACACCCGACCGUUAUGGCACCCUCCAGGCGCUCGAGGCAUAUACGGAGGUGCGGUGAUUGCACAAUGUCUAGCCGCGGCGCAAAGAACUGUACCUGAGAACUUCAGCGCACAUAGUAUGCACUGCUACUUCGUACUUAACGGCAAUGCAGAAAUACCAAUCAUAUAUCACGUCGAGCAUGUACGGGAAGGCAGAAGUUUCGCGACUCGAACAGUACAAGCUCGACAACGUGGUCAGCCGAUCUUCACGACGACGCUGAGCUUUACUAGAGAAGGCAGCGGAGGGAAGAAGCAGGUACAGCAUGCGGCUCAUAUGCCAGCCGGUAUAUCGCCGCCAGCAGAAGAGGGUCCAGGUCUCGAUAUGCUUAGGGGACCCAGCAGUCCCUUUCUAAGUCAACGGAUAGAGACCUUGAACAACGACUCACCGCGCCCACAUGAGAAGAGAACAAGACAAUGGAUCAAAGCGCGAGGACGAAUCAGCGACGAUGGCGGUCAUCAAGCUCAUCUUUCGGCGCUGGCAUACAUGAGCGACUCGUACUUCAUCGGCACCGUCUCGCGCGUCCACAAACUAUUCCGGUACAGCACUAAGUCAGCCAGUGCCUCGAAGAGGGAAGGCGAAAGCGGACAGAGCGGCAUGGCUCCGGACAUGGUUGAGAGACUACAGAAACUCGACAACAACGCUCUCCGACGGAUAGAGGGUAUGGACGAGGAUAUUAUCGAAGAACUUCGGAACGCCAAAAUCAUUGACGGAAAGGUGAUAUGGAAAGUCAAGAACGAGCAGCGGCCUGAGAUCGGCAUGAUGGUAAGUCUGGACCAUACGAUCUACUUUCAUGAUCCAAAGGGUUUUAGGGCGGAUGAGUGGAUGUUCACGGAGUGCGAUUCGCCUUGGAGUGGAGAUGGGAGGGGUCUGGUGCACCAGAGGAUGUAUACGGGGGAGGGGAAACUGAUUGCUACCUGUGUGCAGGAGGGUGUGGUGAGGCUGAAGCAGGAUCAGGCCAAGCUGUAG